AUGUUUUUUGUUAUUGAGCGCUGGGAAUCCGUCGCCCUGCGGCCCUCGCAACUCGGCCCCGAAUAUCUAGCCAGCGUGGAGGCGCUGCUGCGGCAGCAGGUGGAGGGGAAGUGUCUGCAGAGUGUGGGCUACGUCGUCUGUGUAAUCCGCGUACUGCAGCAUCUACCCGGGAGGAUUCAGGACUCAACAGGACUUGUUGUUGUAGCUGCCAAAUACCAGGCAAUCGUUUUUAAACCUUUUAAGGAGGAGGUUUUGGACGCUGUAAUAACUGAUGUAAACAAGCUCGGCCUCUUCGCUCAGUGCGGCCCCCUAAAGGUCUUCGUUUCGAGGGCUUCUCUCCCCCCCACCUACACGUUUCAGGAAGAGGAUGCAAUGCCGAGCUUCUCAGACGGUUCUCUUGCCCUGCGGUCUGGGGGAGAGAUCCGCCUGAAGCUGCUGGGUGUCCGCUUCGAGGCGAGCCAAAUAUUUGCAGUGGCCACAACCAACGGCGACUACUUGGGGCCCAUAGAACCUAGAGAGACUUCAGCUGCAUGA